CCUCCCCCCCACUCGUUAGACACCAACCGGCGGCCGCCCGUUUUCGGCGCCCGUUUUUGAAACGGGGCGCCAUGGGCGAGUGGCGCCGCACGGGCGAGCACUUCGUGUGCGGCGGCGUGGCCGGCAUGGUGGCCAGAACGGUCAUUGCGCCGGUGGAGCGGAUCAAGAUCAUCUAUCAGAUCAAUUCCAAGUCCGCGGGCGAGGGCUGGCUGCGCAUCAUCCGGAAGGUGGUGGAUGAGAGCGGCGGCGGCGUCCGCUCAGUGACAGCCUUUUGGCGUGGCAACUCCAUUGCUGUGAUACGGGUCUUUCCCUACUUGGGCGUCCAGCUGGCCUCCAACGAGCUCUUCCGCCGCCAGCUGAAGCAACUAGGAGGCGGCAUCUCACCUGAGGUCCAGAAGUUUCUUGCCGGAGGUGGCGCGGGGAUGACGGCGGUGAUGUGCACCUAUCCCCUGGAUCUGGCACGUGCCCGCAUGGCCUUGCUGAUGGAGCAGGGAGCCAAGGAGAUGCCGUCUAUGCUGGGCACGGUGCGGGACGUGUGGCGAGAGGGCGGAAUGCGAGCCCUCUACUCGGGCGCUGGCGUUUCGGCGACGGGCGCCGCGAUAUACUGCGGCCUGAAAUUCGCCACCUACGAUGCGUCGAAGGAGCUGUGCCGUAGAUAUUUGCUGCCGGACCCUGACGGGCCUCCGAGCGCCCUGCACCGCGCGAUGAGCGGGGGUCUGGCCGGCGUCGCGGCCCAGACUGUGGUCUACCCUUUCGACGUCCUGCGUCGAAGGCUGCAGACGGGCGGCCCUGCAAUGAGGGAGAAGUACCCAGGCAGCCUGCGCGGCCUGUGGACGCUGUACAAGGAGGAGGGCGUUGUGCGCGGCCUCUACCGCGGCUGCGCCUUGAAUUACGUGAAGACGGUGCCGAAUACUACUGUGUACUUGGCGCUCUUUGACUACUUGAAGGAUGCACUUUGUUCGUGACCUAGGGCGGCCCUUCUCCGGCGCAAGAAAGCGCAACAAAUAAUUCACAGGUGCAGUUCACAUGGCCGGGAACUGGAGC